AUGAACAAUCAGGGCCAGUCUGCCCAGACGAACCCCAUGGCCGGCCAAGUCGUGCCUGGCGCGCGACAGCCGCCCAUGUACCGACCGGAGAUGAUGCGAAACCUUCCGAUCCUAAAUGACGAAGAGAAAGCCAAGUACGAGAGGGGCCUCCGCCAGUUAUGGAAUCACUACGAGACACACCCCGAGGAAUCUGCACAGCACCAGGACGCCAAGAAAAAGAUUCAGGACUUCACCAAGAUGCUGAUCAAUAAGCUUCAGCAGAGGAGGAUGCAGGUCCAGCAACAGCAGCAGGCCCAACAGCAGGCUCAGCAGCAGCAGCAGCAGCAGCAGCAGCAGCAGCAAGGCCAACCAGCUGCCCAGCAGCAACAGAGCCAGCCUGCGCAGGCACCCGCUCCAGCACAACAAACCCAGCAGCAGCCGCAGACUGCGGCCGCCAAUCAAGGCAAUGCCGGAGGUAUUGCCGUCAAGUCGGAACCAAAGACCGAGAGCAACCCUUCAACGACUGCAGAGCCUACUCAAGCGCCGACUUCAGCGCCUGCCCCAGCGCCGGCGCCAACUUCCGCCGCGCCCCAACAGGCGCCCCAGACGACGCAAUUUCCGGACCAUAUCCUUGCGCACAUCCGACAGAUGACGUUCAACCCGCCUCAAGGGAUCCUCGAUAAGGGACAAGAGAGCGCGCUCCGAUGGUCAAAUGACUUCAAGGCAAAGUACCUACGCGCCCUAAUGCAGAUGGACCAGCAGGGGACCCAGAUGAAGAGGAUCGAUGCGCACAUCAAGAACCAACAGGAAAAGGGUGUGCUCGGUGCAGAUGAACAGAAACAACUUCAGAUAAGAAGGGACCAUGCCCAGAAGAUGUACAAUGAGGCGCACAGCUUUGUGACCAACUUCCGCAAGAGCCAGGAGGGCAUUAAUAAGGCAAGAGCGGCCGUUGCAGCUGCUGCGGCAGCGGGGCAAACGGCGGCGUCGGCUGCGGCAAGUGCGGCCGCUGCGACCCCACGACCUCCUUCCCAGCAGCAACAACACCAGGCACCCCAGACGCAGCCGCAACAACUACAAAACCAGCAGCAGCAGCAGAACAGCCCGGCUCUCACAACAUCGCAGCCUCCGUCGACGCAGCCUGCUGGGGGUCAAGCAAGCCCAGCCCCGACCACGCAAGGCACUCCCGCUCUACAGAACGCGCAGAAUCCCACGACCGCAGUCAACGCUGCGAUUGAGGCGGCAAAGAACCAGCAGAUGGCCGCCGCAGCUGCUGGUCGCGGCACCCCCCCUCAGCAACAGCAGCAGUUGUCUCAACAGCAGCAGCAACAACAUCAACAACAGGCCCAACAACAACAACUUCAGCAGCAGCAGCAGCAGCAGCAGGCACAGGCACAGGCACAAGCGCAGGCACAACAGCAACACCAGCAGCAACAGGCCCAAGCACAGGCAGCAGCUCAAGGCCAAAAUUCCACUCCCUCGGCCCAAGCCCCGACCACUACUCAGCCUGCCCAGGCACAAUCUGGCAUGGCUUCCGCACCGCAGCAAACCAUGCCGCAAGGCCAGCAUCACCCUCCCCCUGUUAAUACUGUCAUAGCUUCUGUCUCUGCAGGUGGUGGGCUUCCUUCAGCUGGCACUCCUACCCAGCGUGUUGCGACUCCCCAAUCAGCCGUUCCUCCCGGUCCCGGCCAAGCCCUCAGCCAUUCCGCCGCCGUCUCGCGCGCCAAUCAGCGUAUGAACUCGCAGACCUCGACCAUGCCCGUCCAGCAGCAGCAGCAGCAGCAGCAGGCCACCGGCACACCCGGCUCGGCUGGCGCUCAUGCCCAAGUCGUCAUGGGAUCCGGUGCCGUUCCGCACCAACAGGCGCAUCCUACCCAGCCGACCCAGACGCUGCAAUCCAAGCUCCCAAUCCCCAAGCAGCUCCCGGAGAAAGCCACUGCAGUCCCUCAACCAGUCGCCAUGUCUGGUGGCGCCGGCGCUGGCCGUCCUACCUACACAGGUGGUGGCGGCAUUGCCGGAGGCGUCAUGGGACAGCCCGCGAUGGCCAAGAUCCCCGCUUAUGUCCAUGAGGCUGAGGGCGACCAUGUUCUGAGCAAGAAGAAGCUGGACGAACUUGUGCGGCAGGUCUGUGGUGGCAAUGCCGAGGGCCAGGAGGUCAACAUGCUGACCCCUGAGGUCGAAGAGAGCGUUUUGGCCAUGGCCGACAGCUUCGUUGACAACGUCCUUGAGACGGCCUGCCGCAAUGCAAAGGAGCGAGGAUCCAAAGUUCUCGAGAUCCGCGACAUCCAACUUGUCCUCGAACGCACCUACAAUAUCCGCGUUCCCGGCUACUCGUCCGAUGAGCUGCGCACCGUCCGCAAGAUUCAGCCUUCGACCGCUUGGAUCACCAAGAUGAGCGCUAUCCAGGCUGCCAAGGUCACCUCUGGCAAGGGCGAGUAG